UUUCGUAAAAACCUAAACUGCCUGCCUCUUCCUCAUUUCGUCUGCAUAUUUUUGGCUGACGGCGCCAGCUGGCAAAGAAAACCCACACACAAAAAAUUAGACAAGGGAUGGGAAAAUCACGAGCAGCCAGAAAAUCACUUUCUGCAGAUCGUUUUCGCACAUUUCCGCACUCGCAGAACAGAAUCAAAAUGCAAUUCGCAAGUGCAAGUGCAAGUGCAUUAGGCAUCAUUCAAAAACAUACACACAUAGAGAGAAUCACAUACCGACAUAAAGAUUCACAUAGUCGGUAGUGUUGCAAUUUUGCAUCCGUGUCGCAUUUGAUCGCCGGGGCUCGGAAAAUUCGUAUUCGUAUUUCGCAUUUCGCAUUCUACGUGCGUGCAGUUCAUCGAGCGGACGGGAUCAGAAUCAGAGCCACUUAAUAGCUCCUUUUGGCCACUUGAGAGGCUUACCGGGGGAGUUGAACACCUUAUAUAUGGUUUAUAUCAUAUAUAUAUAGCCGUAUUUAUUGUUCAUAUAUCUGUACAGAUUGGGUGAGUCCACAACAAUCCCUCCGCCCCCAGCGAAUGGCCAUCAAAGUGAACUUCCUGGUUAUGCGAUUGCACUCAACUCUUGAUUGGGGGGCGCGAUAACAUUUGGAUUUAAUGGCCAGAGCUUAGUGGGCUGAUAAGAACGAGAGUUCCUGGUAUUUCCUGCUGAAAAUAGCUUGGGUAUCUUAUGGGGGAAAUCCCUAUCCUAUUUUCCUAAAUAAUCUCCUGCAUACGGAAGUUGGCAGUUUUAUAAUAUUUGUUGAAGAUAUUUUAUUAAGCAAACAUCCUUUGAAAGUUUUUGAUUUCUCUGGGGAUCAUUUCCAUCAAAGAGAAUUCUCAUAAAUAGGUUUCUAACUGCUUAGAUUUUAGCUGAAAUCUCUUUCAUUUUUGUAAAUUUUUAUCUUUAACAUAGCAGUUCUUAACCCUUAAGUCCUCUCCAUUAAUUUAUGUAAUCAAGAUAAAGUGAUCACACAAUUUUCUGCCACUCAAUAAGCUGCACUAGACCCCCCAUCGCAACACCACAAACCCAACCCAUCGUUACUUCCCUAUUUCUGGGAAGGAAUGGAAUGGCCAGCCUUGCACAAUAAAUUCAUGAUUGCGCAGCUGAAAAUGUCCGAAAAGGAAAAAAAAAAUGAAAAAGAGAGCAAAAAGGAAAACUAACAUUUUUAAAUAAUCGACAAGCAACCACGAAUGAACCACCGCUGCAACCACUAGCCGCACCACCGAGCGAGAAGCUUUCGCCAGAAAGCGUUUUCACAACCCUCUCUGGCUGAGAACUUUCCGAGUGAGAAUUUGAGAAUCUUUAACGGGAUGCGUUCGUAUUGCAGUGCAUGUCGUAUUGGUGCAAUGCCGGUUGCUGUCUAAGUAUUAGUGCUGCUGUCAUGGUGUCUGUAUAUAUUGCAAUUUUGAGCUUUUUUGGGGUCUAUGCCGGUUGGAUGUGGGUCAGUAGUAGGAACUCUCGGUUGGCGGCGUCAACGUUUCCCUAGCUCUUCUUCACAAAAAUAAAAUAAAUCAAAACUGCAACCAAAAAAAAAAACCAAAACAUAUAUAAAUAAAUCAAAUAAAUAUUUUCUUCAGUCUUUGUUCGUAUUUUCGUCGUCGUUUGCCGCAUUUUCGCAGAUGCGUUUGAUUUUCAUUUCCGCCUAUCAAAUUUAGACGAAAAAUUCGAAUGUCGCAGUGCGAAUAAGAUGUGCUGGCUGAGGAGCAGCAGGAGGUCCGUUGUAGCCGUAGAUUGUCGAGCCAAGCAGCCGGACAGCCAGAGCCGGAAAAUAAUUCCGGGGCGGGCGGCACGACACACGGCGUAUGCGUAACGAGAGAACGAAACAGAAAGUGAUGCGUAAUUUGCGGGCCCAACCAAUACAAAUAAUAAGCAAAAAAAUAUCGAAAUCAGUGCAAGGUGGAACAACAGCAAAGUAUAAAACCCACAAUCAAUUAGCAGCUCUAUAAUAAUUAAGAAACCAAAACAAAAGAAAGAAAAAGGAAACCAAAUUUGAAAUAAGUUUGAAAGCAAUGUAGGGAAAAUCCAAAUGCAAAUGCAAAACGAGAGUACAAAGCGCAGCAAACGGCAGCCAAAUGAAGGAGAAUAAUUCAAAUCAAGUAAAACUUCAACCACAAACAACUAGCAGAAUAAGCAGCAACCACUGAACCCCCUUUAUAUAUAUAUCCAUAUAUAUAUAUAUAUCAAUCAGCAUAUAUAUAGCGUUAGCUGAGCAACAAUCUAGCUAUAGUCGCCAUGCAUGGACAUCACAAUCACAAUCAUCUGCAGCAGCAGCAGCCACAAAAUCCGCAGGAGCAGCAGCCCGGAGCCAUCAUGAAGGCAGAAAACCAGCCCCACCAUCCCGCCCACAACCAUUCACAUCCGCACCAGCAUCCCCAUGCCCAGACACAUCCGCAUCCACAUCCGCACCACAAGCUGCUGGCGAGAAGGGCGCGCAGUCGCAGUCGAAGUCGCAGUCCGACGCCGGAUGGCAAUCAGGACUACGAUGUGACCAUUAUGCGGGAAGAGGAUUUCCAGCGGCUGGCGGUCUAUCUGGUGCCGGAUGUCCAGGCGGAGCGGGGACUUCCCAAUAGGGCGGACAAGACGCUGCCGCGCAGCCUGACGCUUAAGUCAUCCAUGGUCUACUCAACGCCAAAUGUUAAGACUGAAGGAGUUUGGAGCAGCGGGGUCAUACCACGUGGCACACGCUUUGGCCCAUUCGAAGGCAUUCCAACCUCAAACUAUCCCAAUGAUAAGAAUAAGGCGCGCUAUUUCUGGCGGGUGCAGGGAACACGCCACAUUACCUACGGGAAUAUUAAGAUCUUCAAGGACGAUGACUAUUAUUAUCUGGAUGGCUCGGAUCGCUCGCAAUCUAAUUGGAUGCGCUAUGUGGCGUCCGCGUACAGUUUGUCCGUAAUGAAUCUGGUGGCCUGCCAGCACCAGGAAAAUAUCUAUUUCUAUACCACCCGCGACAUUCUGCCCAACGAGGAGCUGAUGGUGUGGUACUGCAAGGACUUUGCCAGUCGUCUGGGCUACGAUGUGGAUCCCGAGACGACGAUCUUUGGGGCCUGCAAGCAGGCAGUAGAAGCGGAAGAGGAGGCUGACGAAGAGGAUGAGGGAGAGGAUAGGAAGCCAAGAUACUCGAUGCCAGCUCCGGAAAUACCCGCUGAUGUGGCUGUAAGUCACAUCACCUACGUCAUGGGUCUCCAUCUGCCUGUGGGUGCCGGAAGUGGUCCGACGAAUGGUUCGGGUUCCGUAUCUGGAGCCACGCCUCCGCCACCGACUGCCACUCAAUGCUGCCGCCGCUCCAGUCCACCCGCCCACGUUAGUACCACCUCCACCUGCAACUCCCACCUCCCGCAUAUCCAACAUGGUCGUCAUGCUUCCGUGAUCAUUGGCCAAGAUCGAUCACCUUUGGCCAGCAGCGACAAGGAUACGGCAGGAUCUCCCCUGUCCGGCUUGGAUCACCAGAUGACACCGCAAGAUGGCAGCGUACGAUCUGUGAGAUCGGAUGAGGGCUAUCACAGCAACGAGUGCCACGAGGAUGGACUCACACCGCCGGAGGACUCCAGCGACAGCGAGAGUGAGCAUAACUAUGUGCUGGACUGCUCGAAGAAGGCCAUUGCUCCCAAGGAGACAGUGAUUGCCCAGGCGAUAAAGCCCAGCAGUUCACCACCGGCAGUGGUUAUGGCCAACACGAUUACCAACUCGAUGAAUAGCCAUAGUUCACCCACAGCCACGCCCAUUUGUGAAACGGACAAGAAUGAAUACAGGAAGUUCAAGGUGAAGAUGCCGCUGAAGUACGAGUUCAAGAACAAGAGCUGCGUGAAACAGGAGCCGAUCCUUAAGGAAAUGGAUCAGGAAAUGUCCAUGCCGCAGGAGGAAGAGGAGGAACAGGUGAUGCACCCGGAACCCGAUUCCAUUUGCCCCUCGACCACCACCCACCUGGGCGAUGAGCAUAUGAUGAUCAUGGAACGGGAACGAGAGAGGGAGCGCGAGAGGAUUCAGGAACGAGAACAAUCCAACCAGCAACCCGCCUCUUCCACGGUCAUUGUACUGGAACACAAUUCCGGCGGUCAAGCCCGCACCAUUGUCCCACUAAGUAAACCGUACUAUGAGCCAGAUCCACCAGGUGAACGGUACAUGCGAUUUGGCCAGCCCUCUUCGAGCAUUCUGGAGAACAUCCUCACCAGCAAACAUCGCUUGGAGGCAGCGGCAGCUGCAGCAAAUGCCUGUCGGCAGGCCAAUGCUGCCACACCACCACCCACAUCGCCCACGGAGAUGGCCUACAGCUACAAGAAGUCCCAGCGUUAUGGUAAUGCCGUGAGUCCCGAUAGCAGUUCCAAUCUCGGGCAGAAUCCCGAGCAGCUCUCCUCGUCGGCAGUGGUGGUCAGUGAACAGGAAAUGACCAGGGCCACUUUGAUCAAGGGAGAAUGCUCACCACCACCGCCCAGCCACCAUCAUCACAAUGUCAUCUUCUCACCCUCGAGGCAUGCCGCUUACCUGGGAGCUGGAGAGACGGGUGGACACUCGCCGAGUAACGGUUAUCCUGGAUAUCCGCACUAUGGUGCAGCAGCCACCUCGACCUUCCACUCACCACCGCACAGUUCCCAUUCCCCCUUCGACCGCCAGUCGAAUGCCUCCAGUGGAGCGGGCUCCGCAUCAAAUUUGCAUUUACUGCAAACCAGCACUCAGAUGUUGAACCACCCGCUGAUGCAGCCGCUCACUCCCCUGCAGCGUUUGUCGCCCCUAAGGAUUUCACCACCCAGCAGCCUGAGUCCCGAUGGAAACUCCUGUCCCCGCAGUGGCAGUCCUCUGAGUCCUAACUCCCUGGCCUCCAGAGGCUACCGAUCGUUGCCGUAUCCACUGAAGAAAAAAGAUGGCAAAAUGCACUACGAGUGCAAUGUGUGCUGCAAGACCUUUGGCCAGUUGAGCAACUUGAAGGUGCACUUGAGAACCCAUUCCGGCGAAAGGCCCUUCAAGUGCAAUGUUUGCACGAAGAGCUUCACCCAAUUGGCGCACCUCCAGAAACAUCACCUGGUGCACACGGGCGAGAAACCGCAUCAAUGCGACAUUUGCAAGAAGCGAUUCUCGAGCACCUCCAACCUGAAGACUCACUUGAGGCUUCACAGUGGUCAGAAACCAUAUGCCUGUGAUCUCUGCCCCCAGAAGUUCACACAGUUUGUGCAUUUGAAGCUGCACAAGAGACUGCACACGAAUGAUAGGCCUUAUGUGUGCCAGGGAUGCGACAAGAAGUACAUCAGUGCAUCAGGGUUGAGGACCCACUGGAAGACCACCAGCUGCAAGCCCAAUAAUCUAGAGGAGGAGCUGGCCAUGGCAGCAGCAGCUACAUCGGAGUGUUUGGAUAAAGAUCAUCCCGAACCUGACUCCCGGGAAGCCUAUGAGCAACUGACUCAGCAUAUGCAUCCUUCAGUGCAUCCGGGAUUGAGGCAUCUCUCGAACGGAGGUCAAUCCCCACCACGUUUGAUACCUCUGGGCAAUCACAUUAUGCCACAGCAGCAACAACAGCAGCAUCAGCAGCAGCAACAACAUCCACAACAGGGCGUGCCACCGCCCCAUUUGCUUAUGGCCCAACAUUCAGUGGGUCCGGCACCAAUGCUGCUGACCACCGCCAGUCAGUUGCCACCACCACCGCCGCACCACCAACAGAACUCACCCAGCCGGCUGCUGCAACAUGGCCACCCAUUGCAGAUGCAGAUGCAACAGCAGCAGCAGCAGCACUCGCCCAAGGGUUUGAAAUCCCUGCCAGAAUCGGGUGUCUAUCUGCAUGGUCAGCAUGUGCAGGCGCAGGAGAGCAGGCCAUCGGUCAUCGAGUCCUCCAACCAGCCCAUGAUCAUUGAAUGUACGUAGGAUAUAUGUGAGAUGGUAUGGGAAAAGGAGGCAAGAGGAGCUGCAGACCAGAGGAAGUGAUGGAAUCCAAGUGCAAUAAAAUCAAAUAGAGUUAAGAACAGACAGGCUUACAGACAGACCUUAUCCCCCCAAGAAAAACAAAACGAAGAAAAACUAACAAAAACGCAGCACAAGUAAACGUAACGGUAUUAUUAUAUAGUUGUAUAUAGUUAAUGAACUCCCCUCGUAAAUUUUUGAUCCCCCCCUUACCCUGAAAUUGAAAACUCAUUUUCGCGCUAUGAAAACUAGAUCUCACCAAUUGGCAAUCCCAUGAAUUCUUCUUCUCAUCAUUAUCAGCAUGGCAGGAGAGCACUAAAGGCAUAUUAUUUUUGAUAAAUAUUUUAUAUAUAUACACCGUACAUAUAAAUGAAAAGUGAAAAUUGGUUAACAGGAAGCGAUUGUUAAUGGGAGAAUAAAUGAAGCCGGCAGCAGAAGAGAAUUUUGCGGAAAACUGAGAACGAGAAAGAAAAUGCAUUUAGAUUUGACUUUCGGUGAUUUUCCAGUUCUGAUUUGUUCUCUCACCCUCCCUCUCUCUCUCUCUCUCUGUUUGUUUGUUUGUUUGUUUGUUUGUUGAGGCGCGCACCUUUAGACGUAGAUAACACAGUUAAAAAGAAAAGUUAAAGGAUUACAUAAGGAUACAUUAACAUAAAUACAUACAAUACAUAGAUUCAAGUUGCCUUAUUUGAAUUUCGUUAGCAGUGAAACCCGCGGAAUAUAAAAUCAGAAAUUAGUAACCGAAAACAUUUGCUUAGAGUCGAUCAUCUCUGUACAGUUAGAACAGAUCUGAAAAGCUUAUAUACGUAUUUUAUAUAUGAAUAUAUCAUUAUUAUACAUACGAAUAUAUAUAUAUAUUUAUAUGUAUUUUAUUAAAUAUACACAAUCGGAACAGCAGCAACAAACAAAUGAUAGCAAAAGUGUAAAUAGAAGGAAACCUUAUUUCGGCAUCUGUUGAACUAGUAUCGCCCUAGCUAUAUAUAAUUACUUAGACCACUAGGGAUUACCAUUACCAUUAUCAUUAUUAUGAUUACUAUGAUUAUUAUGAAAAGAAAAACGUAUAAAAAACUAAGCAAGAAACGAAAAACAACAAAAACAAAAAAAAAACAAGUAAAGAAAAACUUAGCUGAAAAAUCGGUGCUUUUGACUGUUUCCAUUUGUCCACAUUUACAUUUACGAUUGUAUUUGUAUUUUGAAACAUAUGAAUUAUAU